AUGAUUCUCCAAGAGCUCUGCAAGUUGAACCACGGACGGGAUGAGGAUAUCCCAAUAGCACUUGCAUCAAAGUGGAAGGAAUGGCUGAAGGACCUUGAGGCACUCUCCAGCUUCAAAACUGAACGAUGCUACAAGCCAGCAGGAUAUGAAGUCAAAGAGGCCCAAUUACACCACUUCUGCAACGCCAGUGAGAAUGGCUACGGAACAGUGAGUUACCUGCGACUAACCAGUAGAGGCCUGGACUACUUCGAACCUAUUGAGGUCAAGAAGUUCUAUUACAUCACGCUGCUUCGGGACCCGGUGUCGCGCUACCUAAGCGAGUGGCGGCACGUGCAGCGCGGCGCCACCUGGAAGACCUCACUGCACAUGUGCGACGGCCGCACGCCCACGCCAGAGGAGCUGCCCGCCUGCUACGACGGCACUGAUUGGUCGGGCUGCACGCUGCAGCAGUUCAUGGACUGCCCUUACAACCUGGCCAACAACCGACAGGUGCGCAUGUUGGCGGACCUCAGCCUGGUCGGCUGCUACAACAUGUCCUUCAUGCCGGAGAAGAAGCGCGCGGCGAUCCUCCUCGAGUCCGCCAAGAAGAACCUGCGCGACAUGGCCUUCUUCGGCCUGACCGAGUUCCAGCGCAAGACCCAGUUCCUGUUCGAGCGCACCUUCCGCCUGCGCUUCAUCCGACCCUUCAUCCAGUACAACAGCACGCGCGCCGCGGGCGUGGACCUGGACAACGACACCAUCCUGCGCAUCGAGGAGCUCAACGAGUUGGACAUGCAGCUGUACGACUACGCCUGGGACCUGUUCCAGCAGCGCUACCAGUACAAGAGGCAGCUGGAGCGGCGGCAGAUGAGGCUGCAACAACGUGGGGGAGGUGGGGGAGGAGGAGGUGGUGGUGGGAUGUUUCCACUCAGGAGGGGUGCCGGUGGUGGUGGAG